AUGGUCCUGUGGAAGUGGAUUGGGGACACCUCAGGUGGCAUUACCCUGGGCAAACGUCGGGUCGGGCGUCCCACGAUUACUUGGCAAAGGUCUAGAUACAGAAGCAUACGCAUUGACAUUCAUAACAACCUAAAAGACACUGUUGCCAAUGGUUACCUCAAUAGGUCAUACAAUGGCGGGAGAAACUAUGCAAAAUGGAAGACUUACUUCCGCCGGAACUUUUGCAAUCUGCCAAUUCACGAGGAUUGUAACGCCACGCGAGAUUUAGCAUAUCUUGAGAGAAAGGGACUAAUAAAAGUAGGAGAAUAUGACGUUCUUGUUGAUGUUUUUCGGAAAAUUGAUGAAAGAGCGAUAGAGUACAUCGAGAAAAAGACGUCUGAUAUAAAAGCUGUUGGAAAAGAUGUCCGAAAAAAGAAGUGGGCGCGACUGAGAGUCCUAGCCAAUCCAGCCAUUUUUCUUGAGGAACAGGAGAAAGUGUUCUCUGAACUUUUCCAGGCUAUUGCUGAUCACAUGAAACAUCCACACUGGAGCUCAGACUUCCAAGCAGUAACCCGGAUGUCGAACAUCAUGGCCGACAAAUCAGACAUGAACAACCACCUUGCAGAAUUUGUAAACAGUAUGGUCAAAACGACGUCACACCUUCGCAACAUGACCGAUGACGUCAUUCACAAAUUCGUCAUUGAGACUCUAAAUUUCGCUACGUCACUUCGAAACGAUUUUGGAUUCGCCGUCCAGAAAAUAAGAUCGAAAUGUGUGGAUUUUUACGGCGAAUUUGCCAAAGAUCCGGAUCAGCAGACGGAAAACAAGCUCCGAGAUUUUACAUGCGCAGAAAUUUCGACCUUGUUGUCGCUAGCGGGUUUUAGCAAGAAUGAAUUAAACCUGCAAAUGGAUCUACACUAUUUUCCUAGGGAUAUUUAUGACAAAAUUAUAGAACACUGGGAUUUUUACCACCACACCAUGCAUCUACAAAGGUCAAAGGAUAAGACAUUUAUGAGUCAAGAUUUCAUCCAUAGAGAGAAUGAAAAGUUGAGAAGCCCGAAUCCAAGCAGAGCUUCGUCAAGAUUUAAAUAAAUUACAAUUAAGAUUGAAUUAUCCAUGACCAGGACCCAUGCACCUAUUAGACAUUGGAAUUGAAUUCGAACUUGUUUCUUUCUUUCUCCCUUUUGUUACAUACUUCUUAUCUUACUUCAGGAAUUCUUGCAGAAGAAUAACGCUGAAAUA